GACGCAACUUAAAGUAUUCCUUUAGCUUUAUUCACUUGGCGUGAUCAUUGCGCUUGCGGUGCGUUUUUCUGCUCUUUACUGCUCGAAUGAAGGUGAUUGAUCUUGCUCUUUAGUCGGGAACUAAUAGCUCUAAGAAGAAGACGUGUUCUUACUUUCUCUUGAUCUGACUGCUGGCUAACAUUGUAAGGGAAGGUGGCUACUCAUAUAACCUCAAGUUAUGGCAGCAAAAGAUUCUCAACCAGACACAGAGAAUAAACCAACUGAUGAUCUACCACCUCCUUAUCAGGCAGAUCCCCCCUCUCCUUACCCUCAACAGCCAGGUUACUCAGUACCUCCUCCUGUUUACCAAUUGCAACCAGGCUACCAAGCACCACCUGGUUACCAAGCACCACCCAAUUACCAAGCUCCAUCUAGUUUUCAAGGUGGUCAAGUGUACCAUGGUGCUCCAGCUGGUGGUUUCAUGGUCACUACACAACCUGGUCCACCUUAUGUAGUGCAAGCAAAUGUUCAAGCCUCUCCUCCUGAUUACCAAGGGCUGGCUUGGUUUGCCUGCCUCUGUUGUUGCUGGCCUGUGGGUAUCUUGGCUAUACUGAAAUCUAAUGAGGUGCGUAAUUCCAUGGCACGUGGAGACUACAACUCUGCAAGAGUAGCAUCUAACUCAGCCCGUACUUUUUCCUAUUUGGCCAUUGGUCUUGGAGCUAGUUUUUUUAUUAUGUACAUCAUUGCCUUAAUUAUGGUUUUCACACUUUUGAGGGUUCAGUAAUAACCCAGGAGUGAAAUGAAAUUUCAAUACUUGAGAAUAACUCAUGGCACAAUUUAGACAGCCCAACCAUGAGCAUCAAGAUAUCAACAGCAUUAGUAGGUUUAAUAUUCCCAGAGCCUCUGAGUGAUUUUAUUCAUUUGAUGCUGAAUUUUGAAGUAUCAAAUUUGGGUUGUUUUGUUGGGGCUGCAUGUAUGCGGUUGCUAUUACUUUGAGCUUAAUUGCUCACAAUGUUUGUAUAAAAUGGAUGGUGUUUGAUGCUUACAUUACUGCAAACAUCAUUGUGAAUGAUUUGCCUGGUUGAAAAAUUUCAGCAGUCUGUGUUGUAUAAUUAUAUUCAUUUUGUGGAAUGUUUAUGCACCCACCAUGGAGGAAUAUUUCAUGGCCUCCAACUAAAAUUUCUGGUGACCCUCAAUCCUUAGCAGUUCCAGUGCUCCAAGCCGCAACUAAAUUCUAUUUUGGUCUCUGGGUGAAAUGAAGAUUAUUCUAUUGAUAUGUGCUUUCUAUUUGUGACUUAAUAUAUUUUCUGUGACUUAAUAUAUUUUCCAUAACUUAAAGCAGUUGUCAUGUGAAAGAAGGAAACUCUUCAUAUGACUAGUUGGAGGUGAAAUUAAUUCAGACAAUUUUUGUAUUUUUUUUACAAUUUGCAUCAAGGGCUUUUUUUAUAACUUGUUUAAAACUGACAAUUUGUCAUUUCUCUUGGGAUAGCAAUUACUUAGCUAUGAAAAUGUAAAUAUUGUCUUCACUCUGUGAGUACUAUAAUAAUUUAUUGUUUUACCGUAAUUCAUAAGAGUGAAAUGUUUAUUGGGAGUUGAGAACAAGCUCAGGGAAAUAAUUAUGUGAUGGUGAAAUAAGUGUCACAUUUGUGUACUUGACAACAGGCUUUAAUAAAAAAGGAGUAAUGUUUCA